AUGGGCAAGAACAAGAAGGCCGCCGGCGAAGGCGAGGAGAAACACGAUCCAGAUACAACCAAGCAACAGCAGAAGCACGACCCAGAUGCACCCAAACAGCCAAAGCAACCAAAGCAGCCGAAGCAACCGAAGGCGCCUCCUCCUCCCCAGCUCCUCUUCCACGAGUCACUAGGCAAAGAACUGACAGCUAAGUUUGAGGACAUCACCAAAACACCAGGGCGGCGCACGUCUGUGACAAGCUACUUCGCGACCGGCAUCGUCGAAGAACAAGUACAGCAGGAUGUCAAGGCAACGGUCGUCACGACAGUGCAGAAGACUGUCGUCGUCGAACCCAAGAAAGGAGAUGACAUAGGCGAGCCGACGCCGCCGAUUGCCGGCCGCGAGCCUCCCACCAGUCCGCCCGCAGAGCCCGCCGAAACAGAACCAAAGAGCAGACCCAUCUCUACACGCUCUCACACUGACCCCGAGCACGAAGAAUUCGUUGACAAGAAGUCUGUGCCCGGGAAGAUGUACUCCCUCCGCGACAUGAACGCCUUUGAGACGAUUGAGUUUCUUGUCGCUCGCUACGGCCGCAUGACGCACAUGGGCGUUCGCGACCACAACUACGACUUCUUCCUCAACAAGUCGCGUACUGGAGUCAUCUCGUAUCGACUUGUCGAUGACAAAGUCGCCGUGAUCAGUGGCGACCCUAUCUGCCCUGUCUCAUUGUACACGCGCUUGCUGGAAGAGUUCGGUACGUACUGCAAGCACAACCACUGGCAGUGGGCAAUUCAGGGCGGAAGUUCCGAGAUGGCGGAUCUGGCGAGGUCCAAGGGGUGGGCGACGGUGCAGUACGGAAAAGAGCGAGCGUUGAAUGUGCAGACCAACCCAGUAUUGCUUGGCAGCGAGGGCAAGCGCAUUCGUACUCAGUGCAAGCAGCUGCAGAAGACUGUGAAUGUCGGAAUCUACUGCCCGGCGUAUACGCGCGAUGCGAAACUCGAGCAGCAAAUUGUCCAGAUGUAUGACGACUGGCGAGCUGGCAGGAACGAGGCGAGAAGCGUGCAGGCGUAUGUGACCGUUUUCGACCUGAUGUCACUUCAUCGACUUCUGAUCUACGUGUACACACACGACGCAGAUGGCAAGUUGCUUGGAUUUGCUACGCUGAGGAGGCUGAAGGAUGGCUACCACAUCGACCCUAUCACAGUCGACCCGGAUGCUGCGCGAGGCAUGACGGAUCUGCUGCUCAUUGCAUCGAUGGCGCUGCUCAAGGAGUCGAAUAUCGAGAAGUUGGUGCUUGGAGUCGAGCCUCUGGACGAGCUAGGAGAGAUCUCUGGCAUGUCGAGAUUGCUAGAGAAGUUGACCCGUGAAAGUCAUAAGAUCAUCUCGGCGGAACUGCCAUUGGGAGGAAAGAAAGGCUUCAACGAUCGAUUCAAACCGGAGGACGCCUUCGAGGAGAAGCUCUUCAUGAUCUAUCCCAACUCUCCAAGCAUCAAGCAGUCCGUGGCAAUGGCGCAUUUCGCAAAUAUCCAUCUCCAUGAAGCGGUGAAGCAGCGUGUCGCCAAGGAGAGAGAGAAGCGAAGGCGGUCCAGUUCUGUGCCACGCAACAGCACGGAGUCAAUGGAGACACUCGCAGCGCCAGAGGGCGCCCCGAGAUCACGAUCGCACGUCCGUGGCGAAUCUGAUGCGACAGCCGAGCCUGCAAACGGUGACAAUCUUGAUCCGAAACACCUGCGACCAACCCAUCACCGACGAGCCUCAUCAAGAUUGAACAUCUUCCGCCGCCGCAGCUCCGAUGACGGCGACGCGCCUCCUGACGAGACAAAGCCUGGAGAGCAGUCUGUCGCGGACGAACGGUCUGCUCGUCCAGAACUUCCUCAUCGGGGUUCGUCGCCACAUCAUCAUUGGUUCAGACACGGCAGUAGCGAGAUGGUAGCGCAAGCCGCCAUUGCUAAUGGUCAUCUGAUACCUCCUCAGCGACCUCGACUCGGAGAGAGGACUUCAUCGCGGUCGAGAUCUCGGAUUGGGCUCUUCAGACGGAAAAGCGGUGAGGAUGCAACUGUCGAUGAAUCUCGUGGUCGCAAUUCGGAUAGUACGCCGGUUGUUGGAUAA